ACACACAGUUCGUGCGGUCGUGUAGUCCUGAGUCGAGGUUGUUCGUCGGUUCUGAGCGAAGUUAGCGAUACUCUGACGUGAAUGCAUUGUUGACAUGAAUUCUGUGUUCGUGAAGCAUGGUCUCUGACGUUUAAUAUUUCUCAGCAGAGAUUUUUUGGGAAUUUUUGUAGUUAGGUUAUUUAGGCUUGAAGCUGUCUACUAACACUGUAGAUAUGAGGACUGUUAAUGGUGUAGUUCGAGAUAUUGUAGUUCAAGUUCAAGCAGAAACAGCACCCGGCGAAAGUGUUUUCAUUUCUGGAAAUUCUCCAGAACUUGGAGAAUGGAAAGUAUCAAAAGCAGUUAUGCUUUCAAAGGUGUCUAGUGAAGGGAACAUAUGGGGAGGUAUUAUUCGUGCUCCAUCAAAUCAGAUUCUCCAGUAUCGUUAUUUGAUUUGCAUAAUAGUUGAUAAUGAUGGCAAACAAGAGAAUGUGGUACGGCAAUGGGAAAGCCACUUAAGGCCUCGCCUGCUUCAUCCUUUAGAUGUUAUAGAUGGUAAAUGUAACAUGGAUGUUUUUGGAUUCCAGGGUGAUACGGAAAGCAUAGCCCAUGGUUGGUUAACAUGUGAAACUAUUGUGCAGCUUAAAAUGUUUAAUAAUCCUAUUACCAUCUGGAAGCGUCGAUAUAGAGAUAAGCCUAUUUCAGUGCAUGUCUCUACUAUAGAUAUAACACGAAAAGAUUCUGAAGUUAUGGGCAUCGAAGAAGAUAGCACCACUCCUGAAGGAUCAACUCGUAGCUGGCCUGUUGUUGAAGUUGCUAGAAUGAAUGAAACUGGCUGGGAAUUCAGCCAACAAAGUCAGUUUGGUAUCAUAUAUGAUCCUUCCGAAUAUGUCAUUUUUCAGGCACAAAUGUUGAAGAUGGAUACAAUAGCUUAUAUGGUAGACUUCUACGUGCACGAGUCUGAUAUUCCAGAACAUAUAGGCUUUUGUUACAUUCUGCCCAGUAAUAUGAGAGAUACUUCUGGUACAUGCAACAUGCCUAUAUCUGGUAAAAGGCAGCAGCCUAUAGGGCAGUUAUCUGUGGAGUAUUUAAUUGUCCGUCCCAUGAAAGACUUUGUCUGUGAUCUCAGUGUAACAUAUGCUAAGCAUUGGAAAAAACUGGACAAAAAGGCCUUGGAUGUUGGGCAUCGAGGUGCUGGAAAUGCUCGAAGAAACGAUAAAGUUGAAAAUGUUUUAGAAAAUACGGUUGCAUCUUUUAAUUAUGCUGCCAAACAUGGAGCAGAUAUGGUUGAAUUAGAUGUACAAUUGUCCAAAGAUAUGGUUCCUGUCAUUUAUCAUGAUUACUAUAUUUGCAUUUCAAUGAAAAAGAAAAGAAACCCUCAUGAACAUGAGUUACUCCAGCUUGCUGUUAAAGAUCUUACUGCUCAGCAGUUACAGAUGUUGAAGCUCAGUCCUGUUGCUUCUGAUGGAAAACAUGGAAAUGAACUUCAUGAUUUUCAUGAAGAUGACUAUGAAGACAAUCAACCAUUCCCCACCUUGAAACAUGUUUUAGAAGCUGUGGAUCCAAGGGUUGGUUUCAAUAUAGAAAUUAAGUGUCCCAUGCAGUACCAUGAUGGUACAUGGGAACUGGACCAUAGAUUUGAAAUGAAUACUUACAUUGAUAAUAUUUUGAAAGACAUUUUAGAAAAUGCUGGCAAUCGUUACAUCCUUCUGUCCUGUUUUCAUCCUGAUAUAUGUUCUAUGAUUCGACUCAAACAAAAUAAAUAUCCACUUCUUUUUUUGACACAAGGCCAAACUGAUAAAUAUCCACCUUAUUUUGACACAAGGACUGCAACCACACCCAUGGCUACAUAUUUUGCUCUUAAUUUGGGGCUUUUGGGUAUCAGUGUGCAUGCAGAAGACCUCAUUCGAGAUGGAUCACUUAUACCCUUUGUUAAAGACAGAAAAUUAAUCUUAUUUUGUUGGGGUGAUGACAUCAAUCACAGCGAUGUCAUAAAAUCACUGAAGGAGCAGGGAGUGGAUGGAGUCAUUUAUGACAAUUUCACUCCCCAUGAUACAUCUGCAGUUGGCAAUGAAAGUGUUCCCAAUGACACUAAUAAGCCAUGAGAUGUAAAUAAUGAAGACCAGAUUUUGUGCAGCUUAACAGGUCAAUUAACAAAGAUUUGCUGAAGCU